UCAGACUCGAAAGCGUUUAGCUGACGUGUGUUUCAGUGGUGGGUACAAAAGCUAAGAUUUGCAAUUCUUACAUCAGUCGAUUUGAGAAACAGGGACCCAAGUUAAAGCACAGAAUACUAAAGAAAGGGCAAGCAAGACAGACUGAGCAUUCAGUGAAACUUUAAGAAGACGCACACAUUGUACUGGUAAUACAGUAUAGCGGUAGGCAUACCACCGCAUCAUUCCAUUAUUUAUGUGUUAUAUACUGAGUACUUGUACAGCAGAAUUACACUUAACAGAAGUAUCCCUAUAAGAGAGAGCAAGACACAUUCUAAAAUGAAGAGGCACAGUCUGGUUGGAGCCAUGGAUUCCUUGAGGGACUAUGUAGAAGACAAAUACCACAUUAACCUUGGCAACAUCUUCAUAUUUGCCACUGUGGGAUUACUCGUCUAUGUAUUCUGCUGUAGAUCACGCAACAGGCGAAACCGGAAAAGAGAAAAUCAGCAAAGGUCAGGGUCAGGACUCUACCCUGACCUUAACCAGGAAACUAGACGGAACUCUGUGCUGAACUAUUUUGGAGUGGAUGACAUCAGACUCAUCAGUGAUCGCUUUACCUCGCUGGAAGAAGUCACAGAGGCAAUUAGGAAAGCAGGGCUGGAAUCCUGUAAUUUGAUUUUUGGUAUUGAUUACACCCUGAGUAACCUGGCCCAGGGACAGAGAAGUUUUGGAGGUCGAGCUCUUCAUGGUCUGUACCCUGAUCUUCUUAACCCUUAUCAACAGGUGAUCAGUAUCUUGGGAGAGACCAUAGAGCCAUUUGAUGAGGAUGGCAUUAUACCAGUGUUUGGUUUUGGUGACCAGUCUACCAGAGGAACUGGAGUUUUUCCUUUUAGAGCAGAGGGAUAUUGCACUGGUUUCCAUGAUGCGCUCCAGGCAUAUAACCAGAUUACCCCAAAUGUCAAGCUAAGUGGACCAACUAACUUUGCCCCCUUGAUCCGCAGGGCGCUGGAGAUUGUCAGGCAAACCAAAGCAUACCACAUCCUGGUCAUUGUGGCAGAUGGUCAAGUAACCAAUGAGCAGGCAACACGUCACGCCAUUGUGGAGGCGGCACAAUACCCACUGUCAAUCAUUAUGAUUGGUGUGGGGGACGGCCCGUGGGACAUGAUGAAAGAAUUCGAUGACAGCAUUCCACAGAGACGGUUUGAUAACUUUCAGUUUGUUGACUUUAAUUUAGCCAUGAGGGACGCAAGGAAUCCACAGGCUGCUUUUGCGCUGGCUGCUCUGAUGGAAAUUCCGGAUCAAUUUAAGGCAAUUAAGCAGCUGGGUUUACUGGAAAUGUGAUCAUUUGGCCAUAACUUAAUAAUUUAAACCUAAUGAAUUGACAAUUUUUGUAAGUCAUACUCUAAAUUGUAGACUCAAAAGUUGAGAAAAGUUAGAUGACUUAUAAUUAGUGCCAGAAGGAAAAGUUUUGUGAUGAUAAAUAUAAGUAAAAGGUGACUGACUCGGUGGUGUUUGGAAAUUUUUUAGCAAUCAUAAAUAUUAACCAGGUGCAUUUACUAUGCCUAGGCAAUUAAAUGUUUUCUUUUCUUUAAGAUGGAAUAUGUAUCAUAUGUAUUUAUCUGAAAUAUUAUUUGGCUAUAAAACAAUUUUUAUAUGUGAUCAUAAUGAUUAUAAUAGACUGUAUAAUAGAUAGUAUGUUUGUCGCAAGACAGCAGCAGUAGAAUAACAUUUUUGCAUAUGUGUCAUGUAACUAAU